AUGUCACGAGUAGGGGUGACUGCGGUCGACGAAGUGAGCCUGAGGCAUCAGUAUGUGGACGGGGCGCGGUCGGGGACGAAAGAACGACUCGGACAGGGGUUUUGGUGCAAGUGUCGGGGCCACAAAGGACAAGCUGCACACUCACGUUCACGACCGCCACACAUUGCUAUAUCGAGUGUAUUGUCUAUUCUCGGAUUCCGGAGCAAACUGAGUCGACAGUAUUCGGCCAGAUAUACGAUUGAUACAGACUUCCACGACACCAAGCUUGCACAAGUUGAUCGCUAUCAGAAGACG